UGUUUCAUCAUGUAUCACGACUCUCUCUCCUUUGCAUUCAAUUCGAUUCUUCUUAGCUGCCGUUUCACUAAAUUUGAUUUUGUUUUGCUGUAGUAUUCCAUCGAAAUUGAAACUACAGGGUUCCAAAUCCAAAUUUUCUGGACCUUCGGCGCAUUCUAACGGCGGCUCUUCACCUUCAGUAUUAGGAAAAAGCAAGCAACGCAGUGAUUCGGAACCCGAUGAUUUGCAACUAAAUGUUCUUGCUCCUACUUUCUCUGAUUUGCAGUUUGACAGAUGAGGUAGCCAUGGAAGCAAUUGAAGGUGAUUAUCUGCAGCCAUUAGAUGGAGUUGAUGUUUCAGAUGAAAAUAGAGACAGUGACAAAAAACAGAGAACAUCACAUCUAGGGAAAAGUAGUCAACCUCUAAGGGGAAGGAGAUCUUUCAAGAGAGUGGCGAUGUUAUUGACCAUACCUUCUUAUACCCUCAGAGUGGGUUCGAUGAAUGUAUACCGUGAAAAUCGCAUCAGGUUGCAGUACCUCCUCCGUAAGCUUGUGGUACAACAAAAUUGGGUGGAUACUAGAUUGCUAGUGGAGUGCUAAGUACAUAUUAAAAGGGACUUGCAGAGAAACAACACCUCAGAACAACCGUAUGAAGUAUUGGGUAGCAACGGAGCUUCUUCGACAUAUGAAAUGUGAUCCAGAUCUCUACUCAUCAAGGAUUUAGCACUUGUACGAUACAUGGAAGGAAAAGAUAAAGUCUUCCAAGAAGCGGGCAUUAAAGGAGAAUAUGCUCCUGAACGUCUAGUGGAGAUGAUUGCUCUUCAUUUGGAAGCGACAUAUGGAGAUCACACUUCAUGGAGGGAAUUUGCAUUGUGUUUGUUUGAACUUUCACAUUGUGAAGAAGACAGAAUGUCAAUGUGUGUGGAUGAGGAGCAAGUUGAGAGUGGGAAUUUGCAUACUAUUCAGUUCUGUACGACACCUGCCUCAAUGUUGCAAGGCGUGUCUGGGAAGGCUUGGAAAUUCCGAUGUAAAUGGUGGUUGAACCGUCAUUUCAGCAAGCAUAUACUGGCAUCGGAAAUGGAAGAAGAUGAGUUGCAGGUCAUGACGUACAAGGCAGCUUGUGCAUCCCAUUUAUACGGGUAAGAGAUGGAAUAUGUUGGGAGGGUUCAUACAUACUUGAAUGAGCAGAAACUGAAGCCUGAUAAGACACUGUUGCCAUUUUUAUAUAAGCACAUGAAGAAUUCUGUAGGUUUUUUCUCUAAUUUUGUUAGGAAAUGAAUAUAACUUGGCAGUUGCUAGGAUAAAAUGUUUCAACUUCCUCCAAGCUGUAAGAUGAAUAUAACUUGGCAGUAGUUUGUUUGAUUUGUUAUUCUGUUGGAGUGUGUUCCCCUCUUGUGGUGGAACUGCUUAGUUUUGUUGGUGAUAGGGUGUACUGCUUACCUUUGGUAAUAAUAUAAGUUCUUAUUAUUUUCCA